AUGCGUCUUGGAGAGAAAAAUUCUGCGACCGUCAGCGGUAGCUUAGGACAAAGCUCAACUACACUGGGUGACUUGUCCAAUGUCCCGGAGAACUCGGCGGAAGUAUCGCCACAGUCCGUUGUUACACGAGUCACCGAGUUCGUUUCUACACCGUUCACUGCUGCCUUCUGCGCCGGUGGUGUAGCAGGUGCCGUCUCUCGCACCGUCGUCUCACCGCUAGAGCGAUUGAAAAUCCUGUAUCAGAUCCAGGAUGCCGGUCGAAGCGAAUAUAAAAUGUCCAUUGCAAAGGCUCUGCGGAAAAUGUAUCGGGACGAAGGCUGGCGAGGUUUCAUGAGGGGAAACGGCACAAAUUGCGUACGGAUCGUCCCUUACUCAGCUGUACAAUUUGGCGCCUAUAAUAUCUACAAACGGUUCGCAGCAGCGUCGCCUGGUGCAGACCUUGACCCGAUUCGUCGGCUAAUAUGUGGUGGUCUGGCUGGGAUCACUUCGGUGACCUGCACCUACCCCCUCGACAUCGUACGAACACGAUUAUCCAUACAGUCAGCCUCCUUUGCAUCAUUGGGCAAGCAUGAGGGCAAACUUCCGGGCAUGUGGCAGACAAUGGUCACAAUGUAUAAGACGGAAGGCGGACUUUUUGGCCUGUAUCGUGGUAUCAUACCCACGGUUGCAGGCGUAGCUCCGUAUGUCGGACUCAACUUUAUGGUUUAUGAGUCUGUCAGAGAUUAUUUCACCGAGCCUGGUGAGAAGAAUCCUGUUUGGUACCGAAAACUUGCAGCUGGCGCUAUCUCAGGUGCUGUGGCGCAAACCUGCACAUAUCCAUUCGAUGUAUUGCGUCGACGCUUUCAGAUAAAUACAAUGACCGGCAUGGGAUACCAGUAUAAAUCGAUAUGGGACGCCAUCAGGACUAUUGUACGCCAAGAAGGUAUUGCAGGUCUCUACAAGGGUCUUGUGCCCAAUCUUCUUAAGGUCGCCCCAAGCAUGGCAAGCAGCUGGCUGAGCUUUGAGAUGGCAAGAGAUUUUCUCAUCAGUUUUGCUCCUGAAGAACCAGAUCCUAUUUGA